AUGCCCAGGGAAAUCAUUACGAUCCAGGCCGGGCAGUGCGGCAACAGCAUUGGAAGCCAGUUUUGGCAACAGCUCUGCCAGGAACACGGCAUCAGCCAAGAUGGAAACCUAGAAGACUUUGCGACGGAAGGCGGUGACCGAAAAGAUGUCUUUUACUACCAGAGCGACGAUACGAGAUACAUUCCCCGAGCCAUCCUGAUUGAUCUGGAACCGAGGGUCAUCAACGGUAUCCAGACUGGACCUUACAGAAAUAUUUAUAACCCCGAGAACUUUUACGUGGGCAAAGAUGGCGUUGGUGCCGCCAACAACUGGGGUGAUGGUUACCAGAGUGGUGAGGCGGUGUACGAGGACAUCAUGGAGAUGAUUGAUCGAGAGGCAGAUGGCAGUGACUCUCUCGAGGGCUUCAUGAUGUUGCACUCAAUUGCCGGCGGUACUGGGUCAGGUCUUGGUUCGUUCCUCCUCGAGAGGCUUAACGAUCGGUUUCCCAAGAAGAUCAUCCAGACGUACUCGGUCUUCCCGGACACAACGAACGCGGGCGAUGUUGUUGUUCAUCCUUAUAACAGUAUCCUAUCUAUGCGAAGAUUGACGCAAAAUGCUGACUCGGUUGUCGUUUUGGAUAAUGGUGCUUUGUCACACAUUGCUGCCGAUAGGUUGCAUGUUCAGGAGCCAUCCUUUCAACAAACAAACCAGCUGGUUGCUACUGUCAUGUCUGCCAGUACAACAACACUUCGAUAUCCCGGUUACAUGCACAAUGAUCUUGUCAGCAUCCUAGCCUCCCUCAUCCCAACUCCUCGAUGCCAUUUCCUCAUGACUGCCUACACGCCAUUCACCGGUGACCAAGUCGAGCAAGCUAAGACAGUUCGCAAAACGACAGUGUUGGAUGUGAUGCGACGUCUACUACAGCCCAAGAACCGCAUGGUGUCUACUGUCCCCGGCAAGAAAAGUUGCUACAUAUCCAUUCUCAAUGUCAUUCAGGGUGAAGUUGAUCCGACAGAUGUUCACAAGAGUUUGCUUCGUAUCCGAGAACGACGGCUGGCGACGUUCAUUCCAUGGGGACCUGCGAGCAUUCAAGUUGCCCUGACAAAGAGAAGCCCAUACAUUCCCAUGAGUCACCGUGUAAGCGGUCUUAUGCUCGCCAACCACACAAGUAUUGCGACGCUCUUCAAGAGAAUUCUGAGGCAGUACGAUGGCAUGCGUAAGCGCAAUGCCUUUAUGGAAGGAUACAAGAAGACAGCACCGUUUUCCGAGAACCUCAACGAGUUUGACGAGGCACGGCAGGUUGUUGCAGACUUGAUUGGCGAAUACGAAGCUGCUGAAGACGCAGAUUACCUCAACCCAGACGCAGGGGAGAAGCCCACAUCUGCAGAGACGGAUCGGCGAGUAGCUUGA